AUGCCUCAACUUUUCCCUGCUAAUCCAUCGGCGCUGAUGGUCAUUCGCUCCGUGACACCUAAUAUCAUCACGCACAGUUUGCCCUUUGCACGCUUUGGAAUCAUUCGAUUCGGCGGCCGUGGAACUCUGGUCCGACUUAUUACCGGAACCCUCGCUGUAUUCUCUCCUGUUAGCCUUACCCAGGAGGUGCGCCAAUCAGUUGAGUCGCUUGGUGGAAACCUGAAGUACAUCAUCGCACCGGAUCUUGAACACCACCUGAACAUCACUGCCUGGAAGAACGAAUACCCCGAUGCGGUCAUCCUGGCUCCUGAAGGUCUUUGGGAGAAGCGUCAAAAGAUUCCCGAGUUCAAGGAUACCCCAUUCGAGUAUGUCUUCAAGAAGGACGGAACUCCGCGCACAAUCUCCCAAGAGUUUGAUGCCGAGUUUUCGACCGAGUACGUGUAUGGCCAUGGGUCACAUGAACUUGUUUUCCUGCACAAGCCCUCACGUACUGUUAUUGAAGCCGACCUGGUUUUCAAUUUGCCCGCCACUGAGCAGUACUCCAAGACUGAGGAUGGUAGCACAGCCAACUUCCUCACUCGAGUGGUCGUCCCUCUGCUAUCAAUUGGAAUUCCUGCUACUUGGCAGCGUCGCUUUGCAUGGUACAUCCUCUCUUCAAAAGACCGCAACGCUUUCACCGAGUCCAUGAAGCGUAUUAUUCGGUGGGACUUUGAUCGAAUUAUUCCAUGCCACGGUGAUGUGAUUGAGACUGGUGCCAAGGAUUCGUUUCAGAAUGUGAUGGCAUUCUUCCUGCGAGAAGACAAGCGACAUGUGUGA